GAAGAAAAUGGCAAAAGAAGACGAAAAUCUCGAUUUCGGGGGGGGCCCCGUUCAUCGUAAAUAGCAGAUCGAUCGCCCCCUUCUCGAUGGACCACCUCGUAGUCAACUUGCUGUUUAAGUCGGUCUGGUCUGUCUGUCUUUCUUUGCUUUUCCUCCGAUUAGACUGUCGAUUUGCUGGUACUAUUGAUUGCAAGCAAGAACCCUAGUUCCCCAUCUACACAUCCAACCAUGGUUCUGCAGGGCAAAUCAUCCAACGUCCCCCGGCAUGUUGAUCGGAAAGCCCUCUAUACCGAUCUUGGGGCACGAGUCCACUACUUGCAGCAGUUUCUAGAGUUCAGUGAGGAUGAUGUCGCCGCUCUCAACAAGGGAUCCAAGUACAUCAAGGCGCUGGCGCCUACCCUGGUCGAUAAAGUAUAUGCGAAGCUCCUCGAGAACGAUAUCACCGCUCGCGUCUUUCGCACACGCGACACAUCCCUGGAAGAUGAGGAGGAAACCACCUAUCCCACCUUCGAUAGCGCCUACAUUCAGCGCCGCCGGAUGUUCCUGCGCUGGUACAUGACCAAGCUUUGCUCGGACCCUACCAAGCCGGAAUUCUACGAGUACCUGAACAAAGUCGGGCGGAUGCACAUUGGCAAAGACCGCAUGCUCGCCUUCCACGUCGAAUAUAUCCACAUCGGCGUGUGUCUCGGGUACAUCCAGGAUAUCAUCCUCGAGGCAGUCUUCAGUCACCCACAGCUCACGCUCGCCUUCAAGUUGGCGCUGGUCAAGGCAUUGAGCAAGGUGAUCUGGAUUCAGAAUGAUCUCUUUGCCCGCUGGCAGGUCCGCGACGGCGAGGAGUUCGCGGAGGACGAGACUGAGUCGGUUCACGAAAACAAGGAGCAGCAUCACGAUGAUUCGGCCUCGUACAUCACUCGCUCCAACACCCAGCUCUCAGAGGCCCCGAGUAGUAUCUUCUCCGAUACCCGGUCAGUUGACACGACCACCAGCCAUUUCACCGCCACAAUGCACCCCCCAAGUUCAUCGCACUCCUCGCACUCGGCCUGCCCGUUCUCGGGCGGAUUCAAGCAGUCCUUCGAAACGAAGGUCUGGUCAGGGCCAGACGGGAAAAGAGGUCACUAACCGACCUCCGUUGUGGCAUUGAUGAAUUUCCUUUUUGGCUUAGGUAUAGGUAUAUAGGUAUAGAGGGAUUAGAGGUGUAGGAACAUGUGGGAUUCUUGGGAGGGUUGUGGGGGUGUCGGGAUUCUGGG